UUGCUAUAAGUACUACUUGUAUACUUGUAGCUAAUUAGUUGGCUGUGUUGUUUUAAUUUUCAACCAUGUCGAGGAGAAGAGACCCUUUAGUUCUUGGUCGUGUGAUAGGGGAUGUGUUGGAUCCCUUCGAUAAAUCCAUAUCCCUUAGAGUAUUCUACAACAAUAGGGAAGUUAACAAUGGGUUUGAGUUUAGGCCCUCUGAAGUGGUUAAUCAACCUAGGGUUGAAAUUGGAGGGAGUGACCGAAGGAAGAUGUACACACUGGUAAUGGUUGACCCUGAUGCUCCUAGCCCAGCUGAUCCCAAUAUGAGGGAGUAUUUGCACUGGUUGGUGAACGACAUUCCCGGAGGAAGCGAAGCAAGUUAUGGUAAUGAGAUACUAUGCUACCAGAGUCCACGUCCAGUGGCUGGAAUUCACCGUAUCGUGUUCGUGUUAUUUGAGCAAACAGUGAGGCAGGAGACUGAUGCUCCGGGCUGGCGUUCAAAUUUCAAUGUUAGAGACUUCGCCGAGCUUUACAAUCUGGGGUUGCCAGUUGCUGCUGUUUAUUUCAAUUGCCCAAGGGAGAUCGGUUCCGGUGGAAGACGAUAACAAAGAGCUAGGUUUAUAUUACUUUUGAGUUUUGAGGAUGAUCGCUGCAGAAGAAAAACAAAUUACGUAUUUAUGCUUGUUAGUACGUUGUACUCCUUGGCUUUAAGUUCAGAUAGAUGUUAUAUGUCUUUCUUUAAACUGUGAUAUGUCUAGUUACCACUUGACACCUAUUAAUUA